AUGCUCGAGGAUUCAUCUUUAAUACAUUUUUCUUCAUACAAAGAUUCAGCCCCAACAAAGCCCCGAGAGGACCUGCAUGCAUGGGCUCAGAAGGUUGCUGCUGAGCUGCAGCCGGUGCAGCAGCUGCUGCAGCAGCUGCAGCAGCAAGACACAGAGCUGCGGCAGCAGCUCGAGCAGCAGCAGAACCCAGACCCAGACCAGCAGCAGCAGCAGCAGCAGCAGCAGCAGCAGCAGCAGCAGCAGCAGCAGCAGAUAGGGUUUGCUGAAGCUAUACUAAGAAGUGCUGCGCUCGCUGCUGAAUUUCAAAAACUCAGAAUCGAUAGACAAAUCAUCAGUGAUGACCCAGAGCUAGAAGCUGAGGCGGACCAGUAA